GCCAAAACUGUAAUAUUGAGGGCUUUAGCUGCAAUAUUGAGGGCAAUAGCUGUUAUAUUGAGGUCUCAUGUAGCUGCAAUAUUGAGGGCAAUAGCAAUAAUUUUGAUGGAAGAUAUUGAAUGGAGAUUUAUUUAUAAAAUUGUUAUUGUUGUAUUUUUCAGAGUCAAUGUGAAGCUUGAUUUUGUUGGAUCAUGCUGUACUCUUGUUGCAGAAGAGCUUCUGAAUGACCCAGAUUUUGAGUUAGAGGACACAGUAGCUGAGCUGCUGUAUGGUACAAUAUUGGUUGAUACUAUAAAUAGAUCACCAGAAGCAGGAAAGAUAACUCCAAGAGAUGAAGCUGUUCUCAGUCAGCUUGAGUGUAUUAUACCUAAUGUAAAGGGAGAUAAUUUGUUUGAAGAUAUCCAGACUGCAAAGUUUGAUAUAUCAGUUUUACAAAGUCAGCAUUUCAUGAAAGCUGGGAAAUCCAAUCAAAAGGCAGAGCUACUUAAUAGAGAGAAUUUUAAGAAGGACCUGGAUGAUUUCUGCGAGAAACAGAGCUGUGACGUGGUGGUCAUCAUGACCUUGGUAAACAAUGACGAGGGUAAACCAGAAAGACAGAUUGCCGUUUAUUCUAAAAAUAGAAUUUUUCGAGACCAGAUAUCUGACACCAUGGACAACUCUGAGGACAUUGAUCUAGGGCUCGAACUAUUAUACCCACCAUUUGAGGACAUUUCAGUUUUUACACAGAAUAAUGUACAGGCUUCAAGGAAAAAGGUGAUGCCAAUCCUGAAGUCAUUUCUCCAUGGUGACAUCACGCCUGAUGUUUCCAGCAAAGAUUUUGUAACGCAGCAUUCUGUUGCCAUGGCAACGGAAGGAUUCAGUCAUCUUGAAGUGGGUGAAUCUGAAACUGUACCUGAAGAGACUGAGACAGAAAAUCGUGUGAAAUUCACGAUUGAAUCCUUGGAAAGGAGUUCAACGGACGAAGAGUUAGUGCCAGUUGAAGGUUUCGGGGAAAGUUAUAAAAACUAUGAUUCUGUGGAUUUGGAUAGUUCUGGCAGUAUUGGGGUUAAAAACACUGUCCACGUGCAGCAGAUCCCGCAUGAUUUCGAUCUUUCAAUUAAAAGUGGUACCGCAGACAGUAACAAAACGUCACGAAAUACCCAGAAUCCUUUUGGAGAUUUACCGUCGUCUGAUUUCAAUUCAGCUUUGUUGUCAUCUGCUCAUUCUAGUAACAUUUUUGAUCUUGGAAUAUCUGAUAGUGAACUUGUUGACCCUUUUAGUUCAGUUGAAGAUUCUGCAAAUCCAGAUUCUGUAGUAAAUAGCCCAAAGACGAAUAUAUUAGGUAAAAGUAGUGAAAAUGAAACAAAAUCACUUGACAUAAGUGAAGAUGUGGAACCACAUGUUAAUGAACUGAGUGAACUUGAAGGAAAUAGUGAAAACCAAAUUAUUUCUUGUGAUACUGGAAAUCCAAUAGUUAAAGAAGCUUCAGUGAAUGAAGAUGAUGAAAUAUAUGCUCAAAAUGGAAAUCCUUUUUUAAGUGAUGAUUCUGAUAGGUCAGAACAGGUUGUGAACUUUCAGUUGAGUGAGUAUGGUGAGGAUGGUAAUGCAGCUGACGAUUUUUUCAAUACGAAUGACAAUAAUGCCAAUAAGUUUGGCGCUGUUAACUUUCUAGAUGUGAAUACGCUAAGGAUUGAUCAUCCGCCGGCACGGAAAUCAGCGAGUCUGAUUGUCGAGUGUGACGAUAAAUCGCAGGCUGAUGAUUUAGCUGAACUUGAAGAAUCGGAACUCUUUGAUAAAAUGAAUACACCGGGUCAUUCCGGUGAAAAUAGUCCAUUUGCAAUGUCCGGUUUGAACUCCCCUUUUAUCAAUUCUGGCACUGGCACCCCUUUUGAGUUACCAUCGAAUUACCAUUCCAGAACGACGUCUGAAUCCGGUUUCCCCGACAUUGCGCCGCCUCCAAAUAGUUUAAUGGAUACUGGUUUCAGUGAAGAUGAUACAGACAGACGGUUGCCGAGUUUCAAUAGUGCGGAAAUGGUUGACCGUAUUCAGCAGAAAAAAGCUUCUCUAGGAGGGGGUCAAGGUCUUUUCGAUCUGGAUGAAAAAGCUGAAGAGUCGAGUACUCCGUACACACCUCAGAAUAGUUACCGUGAAGAAGGAUUGUUCAUGCGAGAUAAUAGUCUUCCUAACCUGAUGGAUUCCGAUUUUGUUGAAAAAGUUCAACAGAAAAGAAAUUCUCUUUCAGCUAAUCUUCUAUCCUCGGACACUAAUGAGAAGACAGAAGUUAAAGUCUCCUCAACAAAUCCCUUCGGAGAUUUUACUGAUGCUACAAUUGUAUCAAAUGUGCCAUCUUCCAAUCCCUUCUUUCAAACCAACGAGCAAAGUUUAGAAUUUGAUCCAUUCGGACCCAUAGGAACAUCUACUGAUGAAGACAGCGAAGUUGUGCAAGGUGGUGCAUCUAAUCAGGAUUUUAUGGGAGAUUUAAGUGAAUUUAAACCAACUGGUGAAGUUACUGCUACAAAUGAAGACAUUUUGGAUAUAUUUGGUGAUUCAAGCACAAACAAAACAGAAACUCUUGUAGAAAAUCAAACCAGUUCUCAAGAUUGGUUUGGUUUUUCAAGCUUUGAUGAACCGACUGAGUCUAAACCGGACCAUACUUUGAAUCCUUUUCUCGCAGAGUUUGAAAACAAUGCACAGACUGAUCAAGAUGCUUUAACUGAACCUGUCGAUAAAAAUGUAGACACAAGAACUAACUUGUCUAUUGAAACUAGUGAAUUUAUUGACCAGCCAGUUGAAACAAAUGAAAUUAACGACCAGUCUGUUGAAAGUAGAGAAAAUGGUGACCAGUCUGUUAAUACUAAUGAAAUUAUUGACCAAUCAACAUUGAAAGCACUGAAUGACUCAGCAAAUUUGGAAGCAGCUGACACUGUCUCAGAAGCGUUAGCAAGGGAGAUAAUUCAUAAUGCCAUAGAAACGUUUCCUGACUUGUCCAAUCCUUUACUUGCGACAGAAAUGAUGCAGAGAAAUGAUGCUGAUUGGACAGAACAAGGUUCCGGGGAUUCUGGGAUAGGUUCUGCCGGAUCUCCACAACAAGGACCAAAAGGUGGAGCCAGGAAGUUGAACCAUGAUUAUUCAGUAGAGACGGAGUAUUUACCCAGUAUGGAUCCCCUUCAUGGCAGCCUUAAUAUAACCUCGACAUCUGACACCCGCAGUAUAGAAACAGACGCUGACAAAGAGGUCGUUGAAUCCGAGUCAUUUAGAAAAGUAAGCAGCGAAGGUGCAACUCUUGUUUCAGAACAGGCUUUGAAACUUGCCAUGUCAGCAAAAAUGGAACACAUAACUGAACAAGGGGAUAACAUUCCUGAUAAGAUAAGGGACAUGAUAAUUAAUGAUAAUAUUCAGACGACCUUGACCUCUGAACAACUGGAGGUCACCAAUGCUUCAAUAAAUGUUGGUGAUGAUUUAUUUAGAACAGAUAAUGUCCAGGCAAACUUGGCUUCUGAACAAGUUGAGGUUACUACAGAUACAAAUAUUGAUUCUGAUGAUAUUUUUGGUACAGAUAUUCAGUCAACUUUGACCUCUGAACAACAGGAGGUCACCAACGAUUCAAUAAACGUUGCUGAUGAUUUAUUAGGAACAGAUAUAAUCCAGUCAACCUUGAACUCUGAACAAGCUGAGGUCACCAAAGAUGCAAGUAAUGACAUUUCUGAUGAUAUUUUUGGUACAGAUAAUUUUCAGUCAACUUUGACCUCUGAACAACUGGAGGUCACAAAGGAUUCAAUUAACAUUGCUGAUGAUUUAUUUGGAGCAAAUAAUAUUCAGUCAACCUUGACCUCUGACCAAGAUAAGGUCAUUAAAGAUGCAAGUAAUGACAAUUCUGAUAACAUUUUUGGAACAGAUAAUUUUCAGUCAACUUUGACCUCUGAACAACUGGAGGUCACAAAGGAUUCAAUUAACAUUGCUGAUGAUUUAUUUGGAGCAAAUAAUAUUCAGUCAACCUUGACCUCUGACCAAGAUAAGGUCAUUAAAGAUGCAAGUAAUGACAAUUCUGAUAACAUUUUUGGAACAGAUAAUUUUCAGUCAACUUUGACUGAGGUCACUAAAGAUACAAAUAUUGUGACAGAUGAUGUAUGUGAAGCAGAUACUCAGUCGUUUGAACAACUUGAAGGUUCCAAAGAUGCAAAUAAUGUUCUGGAUGAUAUAUCUGGAAUGGAUAAUAUUAUUCAGUCAACUUCAACAUCUGACCAGCCAGACAGCAAUGCCAUAAAUGCUGUAGAUGAACAAUUUGGGCAAACUGGUGGACAGUUUCAAACUUCGCUUGAACCAUCUGCAGCUCAAAGUGAUGAUUUAUUAGGUGGCACAGAUACUGCUGAAGAUAACUUAAAGGAAAUCAUUGAUCAAAAUAUCGGAACAAUGGAUCUAGCGGGUUUGUCAGAACUUGAUGAUGCCCUGAGUACUGUUAGCAAAACAAAUGAAGUUUCUAGUUACUCAGAAAACUUAACAGAUGUAAUAGAGACUGUAAAAGAAGGGAUAUUAAAGGACAAUAUUGAGGCUAGUGCUGUUGAUAUGAAUCUAGGUAACAGUAACAAUAAUCUUGUAGGUGUGUUUGACGAUCAAUUUCCCUUUGAUAAUGAAAAGUCAGAAACACUUGAUUUGGAAGGGAAUGUUGUAAGCUCAAGUCAGGUAGAAAUGUUGGCAAGCCAAGAAAAGGACAAAGUUGAAAAUGAAGGCUCGCUUUUAGAUUUCACCAAUUUUGAAGAUACAGGAAACAAAAGUGACAACAUUGAGAGUAAAGCACCACAAGAGGAAUCUGAUUUCUUUAAUAGUUUAGCAGAAAGUAGUGAGACUAAAGAAGAAUCUGUAAAUAAUAGUGAACCAUUUGACUCUAGUAAUGUUGAUGUUUUUAAAGUUCUUGAUCAUAUAACCUCAGAAAAAAAUCAUAAAAAUGAAAAUGAAAUGUUGAAAGACCAAACCUUAGAAGACUCUGAAGAUGUAGGUGCGAAUGCAACAAAUGACGAAAAUAAUGAAGAACUUGAUGAUGAAUACAUUGAAGAAGCUGACACAAAUUUGGAUGAAGAUUUUGAAGAAGGAAUUGUAAAUAAAGGUUUUGUGUUUGACAGUACAAGUCUGUCUGAUGUUAACAUCGAAAAAGAUUCAGAAAGCAUGAUUGAAGAGGAGAGUGGUAGAAAUAGUGCUGAUGAAAUUGUCGGAAAUGAAUCAGAAAAAGAUGUUGAUGAAUCUGCAGUAGAUGAGUUAGAAAGUAAGGAACCUGAUUCACCUGACAUGAAAAAGAGUGACAGUGAUAAUAGUGUAAGUUCUGAUGCAAGUAGCAGUUUCCCUACCACUUCUGAAAGCGAGUCUGAACUAGUGACUGUUAGGGAAAAUGUAAAUGUAAUGACAGACUAUGGUGAAAUAUUUAGAGAGGAUAGUUCAUUUAAUCAGCAAGAGGGAGGUCAGGUUACUUUAUCAGGUGCUGCAACUGAACUAGAAGAUAAGGGUCCUGAUGAGUAUCAAGAAGUAAUUGAAGAAAAGAAUGAAUCUGAAAAUGUUGAUUUAGGACUGUCUGAACAAAACAUAUCUGAUAAACAAGAUGAACGUGUGGAUUCAGAAAUAAAUGAGAAAGAAUUUAAAACUUGGGUAGAAGAUAAAGAAAGGGAUUCCACAGAGGAAUUGAGUGCAGAUAAAGAUGAUGAAAGCAUUAAGUCAACAAAAGAUAUCAAUUUGAUGACAGUCAGUGAAGGAAUGACAGACAGUGCUGUUACAAUUGAAAGUGUCUCAUCAGUUGAAACUCCUUUAGAAGAGCAUGUAAGUGGUUUUUAUGAAGUAAAUCCAGAAAUUAUUUGUGAAAACACGGCAGAAAAUUUACUCUCAAGCUCAGCGUAUGCCACAAAUCUCGGUGAAAAUGAAACCGGUUAUUAUGGAGUAAAUGCAGAACAAGAUACUAUGAUUGCAAGUUCAGUAACAACUGAAAGCAUGUCUUCGGUAGAUACACCUGAAAAUGAAAAAAAUGUAACAGGAUUUUAUGAAAUGAAUGCUAGUCUUCUUGAACAAGCCAUAGAAAAAGAUGACAAUCAUUUCUUGAAUAUAGAUGAUGCGUAUUCUGAUGCAAGUGCCUCACCUUUAGAGACACCAGAAACGGAAGAAAUGAAAGGAUUUUAUGAUAUAAAUGCUGAAAAACUUGAAAAAGCCAUUGAACGAAUAGAUUCUUUAGAUGUUAAUAACUCCUUGAUGGUCGAUAGCACAUACUCUGAUGAUAGUAGUGUGUCACCAAUGGAAACUCCAGACAUUGAGAGUGUAAGUGGAUUUUAUCAAAUGAAUGAAAGUGUUGAAAGUUCAAAUCUAUUUUCUGACCCUAACGCUGUUGAGGAUAAAGAAACUGAAAAAGCACCGCUUGGGCCAGAUGAUGCCCCUGAAAUUAAUAUAGAACUUGUUGGAAGUCCCAAUAACAGCAGUAAAGAUUCAUUUGAUAGUGAGACUGAACCUGACUUUGAGCUCAGUGACAACAAAUCAAUGGAGGAAGAAAGGAAAGUUAAUGAAGAGACAAAAGCUGCUGAUACUUUAGAAGAUGAUAAGGAUCUGUUUGGGCAGGAUUUUAUUGAAAAUGAUGAUAUUCAAAAAACAAUUCAUGAUAAAGAGUCAAAAGCUGAGGGUGGUGAUGAGGAACAGGCAAGGCAAUCUGGUGAGUUUGAUACUGCCCCUGAAAUCAUGGUUGAAAUGACCACAAGUACUGAUAGUGUAGAGUCACAUGACAGUGCUGAAGAAGGGUUCUAUGAAAUGAAUGCUGAAAUUCAAGGUACCAUGUUACAAAAUAUAGCAAUUGGUAAUGCAUUUUCACCGAUAGAGAGUCCAAGUGAGGAAGUAUUCAAUUUAGAUUAUGAAAUUAAUCCAAUGGUACCUGAUGUUAAUGAUAUGAGUAGCUCUCAAACAUCGGAUGAUAUCUCUACGAAAGCUGACCAUAAACCUUUUGUAAGAUUUGUUGAUAAUGAGAAAGAAAUAGAUGGAAAAGUGGAAGAGAUGGCUGAUGUUUUAGUUGAAACAGCCUUAUCUGAAGCUAUAGGUUCACUGCAAGAACAAAUAUUCAAAGAUACUGCUGAAAAUGAGAAAGAUGAUAAAGAUGAACUUGCUGAAGAUAUGAUUGUUGUAGAUAAACCUGAAGAUAAUGAGAAAUUUGUUAAAGUAGCUGAUGAUCUUGUCAACGAAGCAAUUGCUAGUGCAAUUGAAGUGGUUCAAGAAAUAAGAUUAAGUGAAGAAGAACAAUUUAUUACUUCAGAAAUUGCUAGUGCAAUGAAAGAAAGUUAUGAUUCAAGUGAUUCUGAGGGCAGUUCUACUACAACAGAGGGUAGUUAUAGGAUUGUUAAUUCUGUUGAUUUCUCUCCUGCUGCUACACCUGAUAGAGAGGAAGUUAACUCCCCUGAACUAGUAAUUGAUAAAGAUCAUUUAAUGCAAGAUGAUAUUUUUGAAGAAAAUGAUUUGAUUACUACGGAGGGCUUAGAUAAUAUUAUUGAUAAUGAAAGAACUGAUAAAGAAUUGUUUACAGACAUAAAUGAGAGAGAAGACAGUGUUGUUGAAAAUGAAGUGACUGCUGAAAUCGAUACUUCUAGUGCAAUGUCACAAUAUUUUAAUGAUGAAAACGGCAAUAUUACUCUGGAAACAACAGAUCCAUCUUCACAGUCAGCUGUAGAACCUGAAACAGCUGAGCUUGAACCUUUAAAUGAAUGUGAUUUAACAUCAUCCGGUAUUGUAGGUAAUGAUAUAACUAACAAACUAGAAAGACAAGAAACACUGAUCCCUGAUAUAGUAAUAAGUAAAGAGGACACGCCACCAGGUUCUGAUGAUAGUGAAUCUGAACUUGUAAAUAAAACAGACAUAAAGCCAGAAACAGAAAGUGAAAUAUCUGAAGUAGAGGAAGAAUUGAUUGAAAAUGUAUCUGUGUCUAAUGUAGAAGCCAAUGCACAUGUGAUGGAUAGUAAUGAAAGUACAAAAUAUGGAAUGCAGGAAGAAGAACUAAAUGAUAACACUAAUGAUUUAGAAAAGAUUGAAAGUAUAAGCCAAACUAGCCCAGAGAAAACAGAUAACACGAAUAUUUUAGAUGAGAAUGAAGUUCAUGAAGUAAAAAGUGAAAUUGAAAGUGGACAACAAACAAGUAGUGAGGAAAAAGAUGAAAUGGCUGAAAUUUCUAGCCAGGUUCUAGUCAGUGAAACUGUUGAAAAAAGUGGAAAUGCUAAUUUGGAAGGCGUCCAGGAAGUAGUUGAAAAAGAUAUUGUUGAAGAUAAAGCAUAUUUUGAUGAAAGCAACGUUGAAAAGGAACUUCAAAUAGUUGAAAGUGAGAUUAUUAAACAGGAUACAUCUCUUGCUGAGAGUGAAGUUGGUGUUGUUAAUGACACACAAGAAGUUGUUAGCUUUGAUGAAGUAUUAGAUAAACCUGAACAAUUUAAAGCUCUUGAAACAUGUGCUGUUGAAAAUGGUACAUCAUCUGAGCUGAACAAUGAACAAGAAUUUGUUAGUGAAAUAGUAGAUGAAAAAGUUGAACUUGAAAAAGUUGAGAAUGAAAAUAAAAUUGUUUCUGAGCAUAGCAGUGAACAAACUUAUGAAAAUGGAGAAUUUAUUGGUGAAAGUGUGAAUGAAAAAUGUGAAAAUGUUGAAAUUGAAAAGAUUGAAAAAGAUACUGAUAAGCAAGAGGGAGUCACAUAUCAUAAUAUUAAGGAUUUAGAGAGUGAAAAAGAAGAGAAAAAAGGUGCAAAGGGCAAGAAAGGUUCAGCGGAAUAUGUGACGAGGAAAGAAAUAUUUUAUACAUCAGCUGGACGGAUGAGUAUUUCUAUAGACAGUGUUUUAGAUCCUCCAAGUGACACAGAUCAAAGUUAUACAGGCGGACAAGAUAUCAUUCAUGAAGAAACACAUGAGCCAGUGGAUGAUGACGAUGAUGAUGCCACUUCAGAGAAACAUGUUGUCAUAGAGAAGGUCCAACCUGAGAAACCAAAACCCAGUCAUGAAAAAAUGAAGAUGGAUGACACGCAGGAAUGGCACGAGGACCCGAUACCUGGCAUGGGUGUGACGGCACACGAUUCAUCUACGGACGAGUCUGACACUGAGAGUGACAGUGAAUACACCAAACCUGCUCGACCAGACAGUCUCCUUAACGGUGCAAGACGGAAAAAGAAGAUUGCCGCCAACAACUUCCUCUCUCCAGAUUCCACUGACGACCUUGUUGAAGGUGUCGAUGACAUUCCCACACCAGACGACCUUGAAACCCCUAGUGAUAUAGAAGGCGAGCUGGAAUGGGAAGCAGCUGGGCCAGACGACACACCAAUCACCCCUACGUCAGAUACCAAGAAGUUUGUAGAAUAUCGUGAUGACGAGGCGGAGAGAGAGAAGUAUGAGAAUACGAAAUUCCGUAAAGUAGAAAUAGCGGGCAAAGAUUAUCGUGUAGAUAUGAAGGUCAUUGAACCAUACAAGAAAGUCCUGUCACACGGAGGUUACUAUGGCGAUGGUCUCAAUGCAAUUAUUUUAUUUUGUGGUUGUUAUUUACCUGACCGAGGGAGGCGGGACUACCAGUAUGUGAUGGACAAUCUAUUCCUAUAUGUGAUAAGUACAUUAGAACUGUUAGUAGCAGAAGAUUACAUGAUUGUAUAUUUCCAUGGGGCCACGCCUAGAAGACAAAUGCCAAGUUUUGGUUGGUUAAAAAGAUGUUAUCAGAUGAUUGACAGGAGAUUACGAAAGAACUUAAAGGCCUUGUUAAUGGUACAUCCCACAUUGUGGCUUAAAACAGUUGUUAUGAUGACCAAACCUUUUAUUAGUUCCAAAUUUAGUUCAAAGUUACGUUUUGUAAAGACGUUACAAGAAUUAGGGAAGAUAGUACCUAUGGAGUAUAUCUACGUUCCCGAGCCCGUCUCGCAUACAGAAAUUAUGCUUCAAGCUGACCCGGACUACCUGGAGAAGUGGGAAAAAGAACAAGAAAAGAAAGGCCUCACACCAACCAAACAGUCCAAAUUUAGUUUCUUCAGAAGGAAAAAGAAUAGUUCAUCCUCGUCAUGAAGUUUGACUCACUCCACGGCAAUAGAUUACUUUAUCUGUUAUUGGUUUAGUUUCUUUUUGGUUGAUUGUUGAUUAAUUAAGCAUUAUUUUGUUCAAAUAGUUUGAUUUGUCGUUGCCAAGGGCUAGAAA